AUGUCGUCUUCGAUUGGUUUUGAGACGGAAAAAAAUGUGGAGUAUGAGAAGAUGUUCCUAGAUAAGUUGACUCUCCUAAACCGGACGUUUCUAAAGGUUAUAGAGAGCUGUGUGAAAGACAUGCCUGAUGCUGACCUUUCGCCAACGGUACGUGAUUAUUUGAAGCAUGUAGAAAAUUUGGAUGAUAUGUAUGGCGGUAAACCGUCUGAAGAAAGGAUCAAGAAACGACCAAUCAAGGUUGCCAGACGAACAAUGGAGAGGAAAGUUACUUAUGAAUUGUCUCUGACGCCGAGGAGGCCCCGGGAGAAUGCGUCCGAAAUAGCUGAAAAACCCCUUGCCAAUGACCUGUCAUUUGCAGUCAAGAAACCUACAACAGCAAAUAGUUUACUGCAAAACUUAGUGCAUCCAACUCAAGAAUUUAAUUUUGAUAGCUCUUCUUCAAGCUCGCCUGUGUCCACUGUUCCUGCAAAUGAUGGUGGCUCUGGAAGGAGAGGAAGGAAGCGAGCAAACAGAGGGGGUCCGGAUAGUGACGAUUUCGUUACCAUAAUUCCAAAGGACAAAGGUGAAUUUUCUUCGAAUUCUAGUACAACAAACGAGGAUUUGCCCAAGGACGACUCUUGUAAGAAAGCUGCUACUAAUUCGCCACCUGAUGGAACUGCAAGCGAAAUGCCGAAAAAUUCUUUCUUUUCUUUUUAUGGGGCUAAGGUGACCAGAACAACUUCCAGUGCUGUUAGCACUUCGAAAACACCAAAUUUUUCUUUCGGAGCGUCAAUAGCGAAAAAAGAUGAUUCAAAAAAUACUAACGAUGAGAAGAUUUCGGAAGGCGCUUCUCAAACCUCCUCAGCAUUAUCAUUCGGGUCUUCAUCUGGCAGCACCAACAAUAGUAAUUUGUUGACCAAGAAUUCUGAUAAAGAAAAAGAAAGUUCUUUGGUAGCCGGCAGUGAAUCAACUUCAUUAUUUAGUAUUGGGAAGUCGAAUGGGAGUGACGAGAAACCCACAUCUCAGCUCCCCAAAUUAACUUUUCCAUCGUCAGGACCUGGUCUUAAGACUGACACGCCACCGAAACUAGUUUUUGCUUUCAAACCAACAAAAGCGGUAACUUCAGAUGUUUCUGGUGUGAAACCUUUAGCGCCAGGGGCUCUCUCAGAAAAGGAAGAAGAAUAUGUACCACCUAAACCAGAAGAAAUAUUGCAAGAAGAGCCUGAUGCUGUUCUUUCCACAAAAUGUUCUGUAUUUGUGCUGAAGGGGAAGGAAUAUGAGAAAAUUGGCAUUGGUCAACUGCAUAUCAAGAAAAGCGAUGGCGAUGAGAAGAAAAUACUAUUGAUUAGAGCUGCUACAGCCACAGCAGCAGUUUGGGUGAACAGCUAUAUCGAUAAGAAUACUAAAUGUGCGAAAGCAGAUGAUACAAAACUAAGGGUGAGCUGUGUUAAUGGGACUACUCCUGCUGCGUAUCUUAUCCGUCUCCCGAACGCAAAAGUACGUGAACAAGUAGAAGAACAGCUCAAGGUUUAA